AUGGCCAGUCCAAAAACAGACAAGGAAGAGAAGAAGAACAAGAAGAAAAAUAAGAAGGAAAAGAAAGUCAGUUUAAAGAAGAAUAAAACCGCCGAGCCGGCCCAGAAGACCGUUAAAAGCCCCACCACAUCUAUCACUAGACCAGCCACGCCCAGCCGAUGCGUCAAACGUCGCCACGACGCCGAGCCGUUUUCAGAAUCUUCUGAGCCGGCUUUCAAGAUCCGGCUGACUGGCGCCGUGCCCACGGUCCAGCUAACAUUAAGCCGGGCGUUGGAAAAGCCAGCCAAUAAGGAGAAAAGAUUGGCCACGUUGAAAGCGUUAUUUAAUGGCCAAAGAACAACCAAUUUUGAAGAAGCCGAGGCAUUUUUAAGGCUUAGCAAGAUGGCCUAG